AUGACGAGUCAUGUCCCAAGUCCCGGUGAAAGUCCGACCGCCCUCUUGGAAGACAAAGACGACUUGCUGCGUGCUGGAAACGUGUCGGGUGCAGUCUUAGGCGCAUUGAAUUCCAAUAUUGAUCCAAUAUUCUUACCUGAGAGAUAUUCUCGCCGUGUUCUGGAAUCCUCAUCCCCUUCCACCGCAUUCGCAUCGCAUGAAUCGGCCAACGCGCCCGAUGUCCGGGAGGCUGGUGUUCAAGAGCCGCAGCACCAGCCUCAUCCCCCCCCCGAGUCCGCUGCGAUCUUUGCGCCCGCCACCGUAUCGCCGGUUUCGCUCUGCUAUCGGUUAUCUGCUAUCUCGAGGUAUCUCUAUCUGCUAUCUGCUAUCUACUCCUACCAGACAAUACACUGUACCUUAUUGGACGUCUCGGCAUCACGUGCUGUUGCUACAUCUGCUACGACGAUUGCGCAUGUCUGGUCAAUGCCGGUGCGAGUGCCUGGCCUGGUUGAGUUCUUUCAUCAACUAAACAAAUCCUUGAACGAGUGUCGGAAUACAUCCUUGAAAAACCAGCGAAGUGUUCUCUUAGUUGGGGCCUCCUGUCUACAACCGCAAGUCUGUAGCGUCAAGCACCCAGUGCCUACAGCACCACGACGCCCUUCCCCUAUAAAUUGCCAGUAUCAUUAG